AUGGUAUCUGAGAUCACCGUUGUGGUGAUUGGAGCUGCGGUUGCCGGGAUAAAAGUUAGCCAUGGUGUACUGAAACAUAUACCAACUGCGAAGAUUGUUCUUGUCAAUCCCCACAAGGAUUAUUACUUCCAUAUCGCCGCGCCUCGAGUGGUGGUAAAGCCCGAUGCUUUCUCGGCCGAUCAGUACUUCUACCCGAUUCAAGACACCUUCAAGAAAUAUCCGGAAAGUUCAUUUGAGACCAUCAUAGUUGGAGGAGGUGGUACUGUCGGCGUUGAACUUGCUGGCGAGCUUUCCGACGCUUUACUUGGCAAGAACGACAGUUCACCGUCAAUCACACUUGUGUCAGCAACCCCGCAUCUCCUUCCUAGAUUGAAAGACGCAGCGGGCGCAGCAGCGGAAAGGAUUCUGAAGGAGAAAGGCGUCAAAUUGCUGGCAUCACGGAAGGUUGAAAAAGCAGAGCAGAAUUUGGGAUCGAACGUAUGGACCGUGAUUUUGGACACGGGGGAGGUUCUCACCGCGGAUCUGUAUGUAGCCGCGACGGGUUUACUUCCAAAUAACGGAUUCAUUCCUUCUGCCUUCCUUGACAAGGAUGGUUGGGUUGACGUUGAUGAUCAGCUACGUGUCAGAGCAGCUGUUGGUGCGGAUGGAAACAGUGCCAUCUACGCGGUUGGAGACGUCACCACCUUCCCUCGCCGUGAUGGUUACAGAAUCGCCGAACAGGCCUCCGUUGUUGUAUCCAAUAUCAAAUCGGAAAUUACCGGCAUUGGUCAACGAACCAGCUAUACACCCAGUGAUAGGAUCGUAGCGAUGGUUCCGGUGGGAAGGUCUGGCGGUACUGGUCAAAUGGGCAGCUGGGUCUUGUGGGGCUUCUUGGUGUCUUUCAUCAAGGGCAGAGAUUUCUUUGUGUCUAAAGCUUCUUCAUUUGUUCAGGGAUAA